AUGCCCAAGGCGUUCAGCACCGCGGCUAAGAGGAAACAAUUGCAGGAGAAACGUGCUAGAAAGAGAGAACAAAACAACGAUGGUGACGAUGAAAGUUGUACUGAUGUCAAGAAGCACGGACAUCAUAAACAUGAAGGAGUUUCAGCCGCUAAAUCGAGAUCAUCUGACGAACUGCUGGAAGAGAAAUCAGUAGAUCCAGCUACUCCGUCUACAAAGAAAUCUCGAGAUCUGGUCUCUGUAUUUAGCAAGAUUCCACCUGCUGUCAUUGAAGACAGAAGGCGAGACUCUCGCAAACCAAUUAUUCGUCUCCCAAAGACUGCUCUCGAAGUCGGACCAGAGAAACUGUAUCCGCCUGGAAGAUCAGCUCCAGACAUAGCCAAACGGCCGACGUGGACAUUUGAUGAAAGCAAAGCUGAUUUGGAAGAAAGAGAAACGGAAUACUUCAAGAGCUGGUUGAAUCGAUUGCAUGACGAGUAUCCGGGAGACCAAUUGAGCUGGUAUGAACAGAAUCUCGAAGUUUGGCGCCAGCUGUGGAGGACAAUCGAAAUAUCAGAUAUCAUACUAUGUUUGGUCGACUCGCGACAUCCAGUGCUUCAAUUCUCUCCCCCUCUAUAUAAAUGGAUCUCAGAACUUGGCAAGAAGAUGAUACUAGUGCUUAAUAAGACUGAUUUGGUAGAUUUUAAGACUAUCGAAGCUUGGACUCUGUACUUCAAAGGACUAUAUCCUGAAAUUGAUGUCGUCACAUUCGCUUGUUACAAAAGACGAGAGCCAUCACGUACGAUAUCGAAGAGGUCCCCGCGCGCUCAAGGUGUUGGUGACAUUCUUCGGGCCUGUCGAGAUUCCCAGCUCAACAAACCAGGGCUUGCUCCAAUUGAUUGGGAGGCUCUGAUUGCUGAAGCUGAUGAAAGGCUGGUCAAGCAGGAAGCCAUGGACAAACUGAAGGAAGCCCGGCGAGAAGGUGAAUUGAGUGAAGAUACAUUCCUUGGUAGAAGCCGUAGACGGCAGAGAUUCGAAUCCGCAGACGAAUCUGAGGUAGAAGAAGAUGUCAGCGAGCAAGUUGAGGAGUCGGAUACGGAUGCGUCUGAUCAAGAACAUUUGCCUCCACUUCCCCAACAUCAAGAAAGGUCCAGCGAGCUGACGAUUGGAUUGAUUGGACAUCCAAAUGUUGGAAAAUCGAGUCUACUCAACGCUAUGCUCGGCAAGAAAGUCGUAUCAAUCUUGUCAGGAAUGUAUAAAAUUGCUCAAGUACAAGAGCCGUACUCUGCUCUUCAGUAUUUAGCAGAACGAGUAUCACUGGAAAAGAUUUUGAACCUUCCACCACCUCCAGAAUCUGAUCAAGAUUACAAAUGGAGUGUGUGGGACAUUUGUGAACAGUAUGCUAUCAAGUGUGGGUACCUUACUGCACGAGCAGCAAGACCAGAUGUCAAUAGAGCUGCAAAUCUGAUACUCAGACAUACCUGCGAUGGAACGAUUAUAUUGAGUCUUAAACCACCAGGAUUCUUCAAUACGGUUGAACAUAGUGACGAAUGA